GCAUCCGCACGGUGCGACACCGGUGAGCCUGGGGACAGGCAGGGUGACAGCAGGGUUGCAGGUGACCUCGGCAGCAUCGGGCGCUGGCCAUGGAGCCGGGCACCAUCGACAACCUGUCCAUCCUGUACCAGAGCUCCGACUUCAUCGUGGUCAACAAGCACUGGGACCUGCGCAUCGACAGCAAGAUGUGGUACGAGACGCUGACGCUGCAGAGCCAGCUCAAGCACCGCUUCCCCGAGCUGGCCGACCCCGACACCUACUACGGCUUCAGGUUCUGCCACCAGCUGGAUUUCUCCACCAGCGGGGCCCUGUGUGUGGCACUCAACAAAGCGGCGGCGGGAAGUGCCUACAAGUGCUUCAAGGAGCGCCUGGUGACCAAAGCCUACCUGGCCCUGGUGAGGGGACACGUGAGCCAGAGCCGGAUGUCGAUCCGCUACGCCAUUGGGAAGAACACCACAGAGGGCAUGACCCACAUGAUGUGCAUCGAGGGCACAGAGGGCUGUGAGAAUCCCAAGCCGUGCCAGUCAGAGCUGAUCGUGCUGGAACAUGGAUCCUACAGCGGAGACCCCGUCACCAAAGUGCUGCUGCAGCCACUGACAGGGAGGACUCACCAGCUCCGGGUUCACUGCAGUGCCAUCGGCCACCCCAUCGUGGGGGACUUCACCUACAGCCACAGGCAGGACAGCAAUCCCUACAGGAUGAUGCUCCACGCCUACUACCUGCGCAUCCCCACCGGCAAGGAGCUGAUCGAGGUGUGCGCGCCCGACCCCUUCGUCACCGCCAUGGACAGCAACUGGGUGCCCCAGCACGUCACCCAGCGGCUGGAGGACGUCAUCCAGGAGCUCAAGGACAAGGGGACACACAAGGAGGAGGAGGAGGAGGAGGAGAGCCAGGAGGCUGCCAGAGAGGAGAGAGCAGGGGGUGAAGGCAGCAGGGAGGAGGCGGAGGAGCAGCGGGCGCAGUGUGAGCAGUGGCUGGCUGAGUGGGCUCUGCAGUGAGCACAAAGCACAUCCCUGCAUCUCCAGCUCCAGCCUUGUCCCAGCGGCUCCCCACGGACCCCAGCGCUGCCUCCACACCUGCACUCCCUCUGUGGCUUCCCUCGCUCCUGGGGCUGGCGUCAGGUGGAUUUUAGGAGGGGUUGAGGUGGGGUUGUUUUGUGAUGCCCAUCAUCCAUCUGGUCACGGGGUGUCCCUUUCCCAAUCCUGGGCCUCAGCAGCAGAGUUUGUCACACUCCAGCUUAGAGUGACCCCAGAGCUUUCCAUCCCUGUCCUGGGGCCCGGGCACAGCUGGGCACUGCCUUUGCCAUGGACAUUCCCACAACCUUUCCAUGCUUGGAUGCAGAAUUGCAGCCCAGCACAGGGAGGGGAGAAGGUGCUGGGUGCAGCUCCAGUGUCCCUGUCCCCCAUUCCCUCACUCCAGCUGCUGUGCCAUGACUGGGGGCUGGAGCACAUUCUGGGGACACUGAGAGUCUCCCAGUCCCAGGGUGUUCUGUGAAACUGGACUGGGAUGGGCAUGGAAAGGUCCCUUCCCCUCCCUCAGCCCACCUGGGCAGUUUUUAAAGGUUGGUGAAGGUGAAGGAGUUGAUACCAAUGGAUUUUAAACUUUUUUCAAUUUUCUAGGAAGAGAAUCUAGUCUUUUAGGGUUUGUAAAAUACGGGUGGUCUCAGGAAUGAGGUAUUUUUAGUACUUCUGUGGUCAGAGAGCCAGCAGCCCAAAGCUUUUUUAAUGGAUUUUAUUAUUCCUUCUAGCACUGCCUUUCCUGCCUUUAUCCCUGCUGAGACAGGUCAGAGGACACAAGUCCCUUUCUGCUCACCCACCUGAGGAGGGAUCAGUGUCCUGUGUAGGUCCCAUGGGGUGGCUCCUGCCUGGCAGGUUUCCAGAGGGUCCUGCAGGCAGGUCCUUCAGCUGGGCAGUUUGGGAAAGCUCUGGAACAGUAGGAAAAGGACAAAGGUGAAAGAGCAGGCAGGAGCUUAGCUUUGACAGAUGCCAAGAAAUUUCCUUGGAAGUGCCCUUGCUUUGCUGGUCAUCCUGCUUCGCUUUCCCCUUCCCUGCUCAUCCUCUGCAGCCCUUGGGGGACAUUUGGAAAUGAGGAGAACAGGACAGCUGGGGCCACACAGCCCCAUCCCAGGGCUUUCAAGCACCACGUCAGCACGUGCCCAGAGUUGUCAUCACCUCACCAACCCCAUCCCGUUGAAAACACACCUGAUGGGGUUCACACAGCUGAUAUUCCCACCCCGAGGGGGAAUAAAAAGGCACAGCCCUCUCCUUGUGGAUAAACACACCCUGCAAGUCACCAAAAUCUCUGGGGGGGGUGGGGGGAGAAUUGAUCACUUGUCCUAUG